UUUUGACUCGGAUGUUCUCCGUGUGGAAUCGGCGAAGGGAUUCAAAAUUAAUAGUACCUAUAUAGAAUACGGGAUAGUCGGAUUUUUCAAAAAAACAACUGUUUGAUGUGUUCGCAGGGGGGCGCACCAUUGUCAAGCCAUUCUGCCGCAACAUGAUCAUGUCCAAGAGGACCAUGAUGACGUACCGGCUCGUGCUGUGGGUGCUGCAGUAUCUCAUGCCUCUAUGCAUCAUCACCUUCGUGUACGCGCGCAUGGGGCUCCGUCUCUGGGGUUCAACAACCCCCGGCACGGCGCAGGACUCGAGGGACGCCAACAUCAUGAAGAAUAAGAAGAAGGUCAUCAAGAUGUUGGUGAUUGUGGUGGCGCUGUUCGCCCUGUGCUGGUUCCCCCUCCAGACGUACAACAUCUUGCAGGACAUGUUCCCAAGAAUAAACAGCUACAAGUAUAUCAACAUUAUUUUUUUCACAAUCGAUUGGCUGGCAAUGAGCAACAGUUGCUACAACCCCUUCAUCUACGGUAUUUACAACGAAAAGUUUAAACGCGAGUUCCAGCAGCGCUUUCCGUUCCGCAGCCGGCAGGACUGGGUGCCGCCCGACUCGGUGGACCUGGACAAGACGCAUUCGGGGAUGACGAGGUCCUCGGUAAUGCGCUCGUCCGUGUACCAACCCGGGUCGUUGUCGGCCGGCGCGCACGACUGGCGGCGCGCCUACUCGUCCCGCACGAGCAACGCACCGCGCUGCUACCCACCGCCGCCCAGGAACUACCAGAACGGUGCGCCAGACGCGCUGUACCGGCCGUACGCCGCCCGCCUCGCCGUCAACCACACCGUGCUGAACGGGCGCGAGUCGUCGCUGCUGUCGCUGACGGGCAGCCAGGGCAGCAACGGCAGCCACACGGCGCUCUUCGCCAGGGCGGCGGCCACCUCGCCCACGCCCAGCGCCACGCCCGCGCUUACCCGGCGCCACACGCACGCCAACACCGACUCGGACUCGGCCACUACCUCCACCACGGAGCUGUACGUCUUCCCCGCAGCCAAGCCCUCGCAGCCCGCCGGUCACCUAGUGGCGCGAAAGGGAUCCAACUCCAGUACGGAAGAGUUCGCGCUGUGAGGCACAGACACCACGCCGAGUUCCGCAAAAGGAGACAUCAGAGUAAACUGACGACAAAGUUAGCUAUGUCAGGAUUUUACCUACUGCCUCGACUGAACUUCCUAGGCUCUACUGGUACAGUGUUGUAAAAUACUACAACUACUGCACAGUACCGUAUUGGGCUCUGUAAACAAAAGCUGCUUAUCAUGAAUGUCAUCCAGCAUAAAUCAUGGCCUGCCUAAAAAUUGAUUUUUGUGCCAAGUAUACUAAACUUCAUACACAACUAAUUCCAAAUUUUACUAUAGAAUAGAAUUUCGCUGCGUCAAAUCAGAAAACGUUAAGUAUAAUACAAUGAUUUAUUUUUGUGACAGGUAUUCUUGAGUAAGUGCACCUUGUGAUUAUUCAAUAGCCCUUUUCUGAGUAUUGGGGAAAGUCACAGGUGAUUCUGCUGUCCUCAGACCAAAACUAUACUGGCUUCACAACAUUUAAUAUUUAUCUUGUUCUUGGAAUGCUUUAAAUUUUAAGUACAGUUUGAAAGUAAAAUGAGUGAUAAUGUGCAAUAAUGUAAGGCCCUCGGAUAUUAUAAGAUUGAGAGAGCUCAUUGCAGUCUGAUCAUUUUUUUUAGCUAAGGAUUGAAGUGUAGAAGCAGAUAGAAAUAUUAUCGAGCUUGUUUCUUCUUUAAAUUUUAAAAUCGUGAAACAAAACUUUUCAUAAUACCGUAAUUCUAUUUAGAUGGCUUCUGUUCCACGUCAAUGUACAUAUCUUGUAAAUAUUUUUGUACUGCGGAAAAGAUGGUUCUCAAAUACGGGUAUAUUUUUUCUCUGCAUUGUAAUUGACCAUCAGAUUGAAAUAUAUUCCUUACCAUUGAAAGAUAAAA